AUGGGACAACUCCUUCCUCCAUUAUGGAGAUUAAAGGGAAAAAGAAUUAAUCGAACUAAAAGUCUUAUAUCCCCAGCAGUAUGCCCAACUCACCCUAGCUCGCCAUCUUCCUCUUUCCCUCAGAAAUGUAAGACUGGCGGUGUGUCGAAGUGUGUGUGUAUGGACGAAUGAAGGAGGAUCACCAGCCGUUGUAUUUCCCUGCUCCGUCCCCGCCCAUAUAAGGUGAAAUACAUAACAGCCAAGACCUGUCUACUGACUCUCCCACACCCUAGCUCUCGUAUAGAUAACCAGUACCUAUACCUACUAACACUGCUAACGAGAAAGUUAUACAUUGUUAGAGCCCCCGAGCCCCCCCUACUGAGUAUUUCCAAGCAGCUCAUCAGCUCUGCUAACAUACCCACCCCACUCUUC